AUGGCCGACUUCCAAGCAAAGUCCGAUGUCUUCUUGAACUGGUUCAAAUCUCAAUCUGGAGCCACAUACGACUCUCGACUUCAACUUGCCGAUCUGAGAGACAGAGGAGCUGGGCGAGGUAUCAUUGCCACCUCGAACAUCCCUGCCGAGACAGAUCUCUUCACAAUCCCCAGGAAAAGCGUCAUCAGUGUCGAGAACUCGGAUCUAUCAAAGAAACUGCCAAGAAUUUUUACUGGAUUGAAGAAUCUUGACGCCGAUGGUGAUGAUGGUAUGGCUGAUGGAGAUGAUGAGGCAGAGGAAUUGAGCAUGCCUGACCCCUGGCUGGAUCUGAUCAUGGUCAUGGUGUACGAGUAUUUGCAGGGUGAUAACUCUGCUUGGAAGACUUACUUCGAGGUCCUGCCCGAGACUUUUGACACUCUAAUGUUCUGGACUCAAAGCGAACUCAACGAGCUGCAAGCCAGUGCUGUCAAGGACAAGGUUGGCAAGGAGUCUGCCGAUGAGAUGUUCAAGACAAAAGUCUUGCCCGUUGUCAAGGCUCACGAGGACGUGUUUUAUGCUGGUGGGGCUCAAAAGUUGUCUGAUGAGCAAGUUGUCGAACUUGCACACCGCAUGGGCAGUAUCAUCAUGGCUUACGCUUUCGAUCUGGAGAACAACGAGGAAGAGGAAGACGAUGAGCAAGAAGGUUGGGUUCAGGACUUGGAGGGCACUCAAGCAAUGGGCAUGGUACCCAUGGCUGACCUGCUCAAUGCCGAUGCAGAGUUCAACGCACAUCUCAACCACGGCGAGGACUCUUUGACAAUGACCUCGCUGAGGGAGAUCAAGGCUGGAGAGGAGGUCCUCAACUACUACGGUCCUCUGCCAAACUGCGAUCUCCUACGUCGUUAUGGCUACACUUCAACAAAGCACGCAAGAUAUGAUGUCGUUGAGGUACCUUGGGAGAUCAUCUCCAGCACUAUCGACAAGAGAUAUACCGGCAAGAAGGGCUCUUUGGACGAGGAAGAUAUGGAAGAGGGCUUUGUUCUCGACCGCGACUCUGGUGAGCCCGAUGAUACUGGAGUUAACACUCACCCAGCCAAGUUCGUCACUUUCCCCGAAGAACUCGAAGAGCAAAUCUGCCAAGUCAUCGGUCCGGCGAUGGGCAUCGACGUCAACCGUGGCCCCAACAAGGCACAGCGCAAACAACUGAAACUGGCUUACUACGAGAUUCUGGACGCGGUGAUUCCAGCAAGGCUGGCACAAUAUGGUACUACAGUGGAGCAAGAUGAGCAACUUCUGAAAAAUCCCGACCUCGAUGCUAGACACAAGAUGGCCGUGUUUGUGCGUCUUGGAGAGAAGAAGCUACUGAAGGAGGCCAAGGAGUUUAUUCCUGCACAGUUGGAGAAGUACAAGCCUGUGCAAGAGGAGGAAGAGGGACGUAGUGCUAAGAGACAGAAGAGGUAG